CCGCCACCACAUCGAGCGCCGCCACAAGCCGAUGGGGUUGCAUCACUGCCACCAAUAUGCGUCCAUCGACGCUAUCUCCCUUCUAGAUUUGCCAUCGGCCGACGCAUCCUCCGGCAACAAGGAAUGCCGCCGAAGCUUGGCCAUAGUGAUUCCGCCGCAACCUCGGAGCAAACACCGUUCAUCUCACACUCCAACUUGCACCAUGUCCAUGCAGCACGGCGUCCUCUGCGCGCUCACAGCCUUCACGAUGUGGGGGUUCUUUCCCAUCUACUGGAAGCAGCUCCCGGACGUGCCCGACAUGCAAGUCGCCGUGCACCGCGUGUUGUGGUCCGGCCUCAUCCUCCUCGCCAGCGUGCUUCUGACGUGCCAAUGGCGCGCGUACGCGGCCGUCGCCUUUACAAAGCGCAACAUCGUGAUUUACGGCAUUGCGAUCGUCCUCCUCACGGGCAACUUCUUCAUCUACGUCUUUGCGACCAACUCGAACCGCAUCAUCGAACUCAGCCUCGGGUACUUUAUCAACCCGAUGGUCAACGCGGUUCUCGGUCGCGUCUUCCUCAAGGAAUCGCUCUCCAAGUGGCAGUGGAUCGCGCUCGGCAUCGCGCUCGUCGGCGUCUUGAUCCCGACAAUCGCGUACGGCAAGUUCCCGUACCUCGCCAUCACGCUCGCGACGACGUCGGGCUUGUACAACUUGGCCAAGAAGAUGGCGCCGCUCGACUCGUUCCAUGGCUUGACGCUCGAGACUAGCUUGAUGCUCGUGCCGGCAGCCAUCUACUUGGUUUGCGUCGACGCGCAGGGCAGCGGGGCGUUUGGCCACGUCGACACCAAAACCAAUCUCCUCCUCGUGGGCACGGGCAUGAUUACGAUCUUGCCGUUGAUCCUCUUUGCCAAGGCGGCGCCGGCCAUCCCGAUGACACUCAUGGGCAUUUUGCAGUACGUUUGCCCGACGAUCCAGUUUUUCAUUGGCAUUUUCCUCUACGACGAGCCGUUCACGACGACGAAGCUCGUUGGCUUUAUCGUGAUUUGGAUCGCGCUCGUGGUCUUUACGACCGACAGCGUCUUGACGUACAGGCGCAGUUUGCUUGUUACCGUCACGGACGACGACGACCGUGCGCAGAUGCCCACCCUCAAGUGCAUCUCUAACGACGUCAUCGCGACUGCAGCCUUCGCGUCGGUGGGUCAAGAGUAUGGAAACAUUCAUUUUGGCGAUGGGCGGUUUAAUUGGGCUGUUGGACGAUUUAUGGCUUUGCUCUAUUGA